AAAAAAGACCCUUUUCACCUCCCAUAGAGUAGUUACAGCUAUCCAACCAGGUAAAUUCAUCUCGCUUAUGAGCCAUGCAAAACUCCACAUAGUAAAAUGUAGACCCUGUGAGGCUCUUACGAAUUUACCUCCAAUCAGAGGAGCGCAUGCAGCCCCAUAUCCAGAUAUGUAUUCUGGUGGUUGGUUAUCCUAGUAUAAAACCCGGCCAAUCUCCUCUGCCAAGACGAAUUGAUCAAGCAUCUCAAACGCUGUCUCCUUACUCUUCGUACGCUUGCUACUUUAGUCCAUAAUGCGUUUCCAAACCCUCGGUCUUGCCGCUCUUGCAGCGGUUGUUGAUGCCAACACCAACCAUCCCGUCAGUUUCAUGACCGGUGACCCCUUGCAGCCUGCUUUAUGGGCUGCUCCUCAGUGGAACUUGCCCACUGGCACUUGUCUUCCCAGCGAGGCCAAGGUCAACGGCGCCCAGAAUCCUGGCAAUGCUCAGGAUAACUGCAACAUUCACAAGUUGAACCACAACUGCCCUUCGCAGCCCAACUGGACUGGAGCCGACACUCCUCUGUGGUCUUUCCCCACAUACUAUGAUCACAAGCGCUGCAGCACUACUGAGUUCCGUACCGCUUACAACGUCUACUUCACCAAAGAUACCGGCCACAGACACGAUAUCGAAUGGGUCAUUGUUGUCUGGGGCUCCAAUGACAAUGGUCAAACUUUUUACAGAAACAGAAUGAUUUUUGAGCAAGAUGGACACCACCCAUCCAAGCAGUGGGGCGACAUCCAAAACACCUUUGACAACCAAAGCGAUCAACUCAAACUUGGUCAAAAGUAUCAGAACCAUGCUCGUGUAUUCGUCUCGAAAUGGCACCACUCAAUGCACGAUGAUCGCUACACGCAAUUUAAGAACACGUGCCCUCCUAACUCUGUGUCCGACUUCCGAACCAAUGACUACUACUUCUGGUCUAACCAGAACCUUCAGCACAUCGAUACUAUCCCUGCCGACUGGAACUACUCUCCCGCUGCUUGGGUCCGUGGCCAGGGUAUUUGCAACAUCUAGAGUGUAGAUGGAAUAGAGUAUGAACGGGUACUAGAUAGAAUAGUUUAAUCUACAUGGCAAUUAUUCAAACCAAUUCAUAAUACGAG